GGGGCGGCGGCGGCGCACCCGGAAGAGCCGCGCUCCGCGGGCGCAACAGGCUCCGGGGCGGCGCGCGGGCAGCGGGCGCGAUGGACAAGCUGAAGAAGGUGCUGAGCGGCCAGGACUGCGAGGACCGGGGCGGCCUGGCCGAGGUCGUUGAGGCGUCGUCACUGAGCUGGGGCACCAGAAUAAAGGGCUUCAUUGCCUGUUUUGCUGCAGGAAUUGUCUGCUCACUGUUGGGGACUUUCCUGCUCUGGGUGCCCAGGAAGGGCCUGUACCUCUUCGCAGUGUUUUAUACCUUUGGUAACAUCGCAUCGAUUGGGAGCACCGUCUUCCUCAUGGGCCCGAUGAAGCAGCUGAAGAGGAUGUUUGAGCCGACACGCUUGAUCGCGACGAUCAUGGUGCUGUUGUGUUUUGCCCUUACCCUGUGUUCUGCUUUUUGGUGGCAUAACAAGGGACUCGCGCUCAUCUUCUGCAUUUUGCAGUCCUUGGCCCUGACGUGGUACAGCCUUUCCUACAUACCCUAUGCCAGGGAUGCUGUGAAGAAGUGUUUUGCGGUCUGUCUGGCAUAGCACACGGCCCGCUGUGCCAGGCCCUGGGAGGCGCCAUGGACGGGAGCUGGUGGACAGUUUUGUAAACACCUCCUGAACCUCUGUCUUACAGACACGUGCCUUUUCUCCUGCAUCAGUGUGUUGCUUGUGAUCUGAACGUUUGAAGGUUGCUUUUGGAGAUAGUGUUGUCUUCCAGACCCAAACGUCUGGAGCCUGGUGUGGGAGGGGGUCUGUAGCUUAUGGGGUGGACUUCCUUCUGCACCUGUUCCCUUGUUAGAAGCUGUUUCACCGAAAUCUCCUAAUAAAAGCCUCGUGAAGCAGCUGCAGGUCGGCUCCGGAGCCAGGGCUCUCCAGGGGACAGCGGGCAGCCCCGUCGGAGCUGGCAGGGGUGCGGCUGGAAGGCACAGAGCUUUGAGGUCGACGGGGACUUUGCGGACUUGCCCUCAGUAUGCAGACCCUCCUCGCCUCACCCAGCGUGCACGCGCUUCUGCUCUGGGGUCUGCCCCGCGACAGCUGCACACAAGCCCGUGGAGAGUCUGGCCACAGAGUAACGUGGAAAGAAGCGCUUUGGGGGGAUGUGAGUUGGUUUUAAAUCUGAAUUUUGGCUUGGUUCUGAUUGCACACCUGACGAUGGAGCGUGUCUUCUGACAUCCAGUGCACACUCUGCUCUUGGGGUUUUCUUCCCCACCCCCACGCCACAUAGCUUUUCUCCUGACCAGGAACUAGACUGGGGACAAAGCGCAGACGGAACAGACACUAUUGGCUUCUGCACAAGGGCUGACGGGAGGUGAGAGACCGCGCUGCUUUCUGCUCUGGUUUUCUUUUCAUGAUUUACAUGUGCUGCUUUUAAACUGAUUCUGUUUUCCGUCUCCCCUGGAAUGGGGCCAGGAAAGAGGGGCUGGAAAGGCAAAGCCCCCCCCCCCGACCAUGGGGCCCCGCGGGAAGGACGUGUGCCUACCCGUGACCGUUCACCAGGGCCUGUUUUUGCGCUGGAGUAGUCGGGGCCGUAGACCCUGGGGCAGGAUGCCAUGGAUGGCCGGGGCUCGCCUCGCAGCCCCCCUGCACCGCACACACCUGCUUUGUGCCCAGAACCCUGUCCAAUCCUCAUGAGAGCCAGUGACGGUUAUCUCACUGGCAGUCGAGGAAAUUGGGUCUGGGAGGUUAGCAGGUUCCCCCAAAGCCAUGGGUGGUGGCAGACCUGGGCUCAGAGCCUGGGCACUCCAGCUUCAGUCCCCCGUGUUUCCCGGGAUGGCUCUGGAGGCGCCCCCUCUAACGGUUCUGCCUGUUGCCAUCAGCCAAGCCUGUGCCUUUCCUGCCCAUGGUCUACGUCACUGCCCUGUCUCCUGUCGGGUUUCCCCUUUGGGAAGCUCUUCUGGGUUCUGGAGGCUCUCCAUGGUUUGUUAGUGUGCCUUCCAGCAGCUUCUCACUGCCUGACCAGCAUGAGUGCCCUGGCCUGAUUGCCAGAGCUCCUGGCAGUGCGGGGCCACUGCAGCAAGCCCUCUCCGGGGAUGCCUUUCUGUUCUUUACCCAGGUCUAGCUGGUCCCCUAAGGGUCUUGCUCUGGCCAGACUUUUCCUCUGAGCUGGGGAGCUGUAAGCAGGUCUGACAGGACCAGAGUGAGGAGGCGGUCUCGCCAGGUCCUCUUGGGGCGGUGGAGGGCGCCCUGGCUUAUCCUGAGGCUCCUAACCUGCCUUCAGCCAGGAGGGGAAAUACGUGCUGCCGUCUGGCUUUUGUGGCGUUCUCUCACCCCGGAGGUGCCCUAGGAGCUAACUCACAUCUUGGAAGUGCUCUAGGAAGUGGCCCGAAGGAGGUCAGGAGUGUCCUUCGUUCCCUCCCUUGAGAGCAGAUGUGUGAGGCCAGCCUGUGUCUGCGAGCUCCGGUUGGCCUGGAGUAACUGGAAGGCUGAUCCCUCUGGCCCUUUGCAGUGUUUGGACUUGAAUUUGUGGGACAUGAGGUCAAAGUGCCUUUUAAGACUCUAGCGGGGCUGUGUGGCGCAGUGGUAGUGGCCGUGGGCUCUGACGGCACCCGGGUCUGGGUGUGUGUUGUGGUCCCGUCACAGACUGGCGUCUGGUUGGAUAGGUUACUUGGGCUCUGGCUUGCCCGUUAAAAAACCCCAGAGAAAACAGUUCCUGCUGCAUUAUUGUAUGCCCGCUGUGCCAGGCGCUGAGCCCAGUGUGCAUAGAUGACAUCCCAUUAACAGGAAGGCAUUACUGCCUCGUCCCGAUGAGGCAGCCGAUGAGUUUUGAAGGUGACAAGUGAAUGUCUCUGACCGUUAACUUACUAGCAGCUCUGCGUCCAGCUGUCUGUGUGCAGCACACCAGACUGCCGUGCGGGGUCUCCUUUGCCAUCAGCAGUGACUCGCCAGCUGCUGGUCCUGGUCACUCCAGGUCCCUCCAGAUCCCACCGGUAGAGGGCGGUGGUUCUCGCGUUAAAGCACCUGCUGGGCUCCGGGCGUUUAGGCUCUCCCAGACUCCAUUCAUUUCCCCUCUGCCACCUCGACCUUUGGUUCCCCUCCUUGUUUUAGCCCGCUGCAGGGUGGGAGGAAGAAAUCCCCGGGAAGUCUCUGAAAGCUGUUACCAGGCGCCCUCGUGGGCAAUUGGGGGUCAGGGUUCAGACCCUGCGGCUGGCUUGCUGCUGGUGGUUUUUGUUUCCUGCAAACUCCCCUCGCCACGGCUGGGGGAAGGAGAGGCUGUUGCAUCUCUGGAAUGAAAGGAAUCAACUCCUGCCCUUGUGCCCAUCGGGGGUGAGGCGGUGCCUCCAUGCCCGUGAGCCGCGCCCCCCACCUUCUUCCUUCUGUGCGGCUGUGCUGGGCACUGCGCUGCUCCCCAGGCCCAGACAGCCAGCUCCGGCCCUCAGAGCCUGCUGUGUGACUCCCCGCCGCCCAGCUCCCUACGGGGUUCCCCUUCUGCCCACUGGGCUCAUGGGCAGUUCUGGCUCCCAGAUCCUGUGUGCAGCUGUGCCACUGGCCGCUGCUGCCCAGGCCCAGCUGCGGGUCCCUUGGGAAGGGGUGGGGGACACCAUCCUGCAUGCAGCAUUUCCACUGAGUUGAUGAUCUCGGUGUUCCCUCAUUCUAGUAUGGGGACCUUGGGGGGCUGUCCCCCGCCUGCCACCUCCGUCGCACCCUGAUUGGUGUGGUCAGGGAGAGGAGAGAAAGUCAUGAGGUGCAUCUCAGUAGAUGGCUUUUGGAACCUGCAUUGGAAAAGAGGAUUAAGAAGUGGGGCAUACCUUGAAAGAAGGGGGUCGGGGAUACGGGUGUGGGCGCUUCUGCUUUUGACAGCUCCAGCAGCGGCGAGUGUGGCCUUGUGGCCCUCGGGGGUGAGUCAGGAAACUCAGCCUGUGUCUGUGCAUCCUUGUCUGUGGGGCAGCCCAUGCUGGCCGCCUGCCCGCUCCUCCCUCAGACAUCUGGCCACACUCAGCUGCAGGGUCACAGACGCGUGAAAAAUUCACAACCCAUCCUUGACCCUCCUUUUCAGCAAAUAAAUGAAAAAAUCCAUGUUUGCUCAAUUUUUGGCGUAGUUUUUUCUAUCUUAAAAUUUAAGAUUUUGGGGGAUGUUCUGAGGGUUGCUGUAGGUUUUUUGCAGAUAGCAGUUUUUAAAAAGCCAGUAGAACUACAACCGAAGUUAAAUGCAGGUUUACAUCCAAAACUCUCGGUAAGAUACUAACAAAAGAAUUUCGAUUCAGAAUUUUUGAUUUUUUGGGAAAUUCUUAUUUAAAAAGUUAGUUGGGAGGUUAAAUCAUGGGACUUUAAAGUAGCUCGUAGUUCACAGUUUAUGCAUUUUGUGAAGUUAUGAGGUCUUGAGUGUUUCCAUCCAGUGAAGAGACAGAACUGUCGUGCGGUGUGUUUGGUCCACCAGGACAGGCUGCUUACCUCCUCUUUGGGCUGUUUCAGUUCUGCCCCAAAGGCACAGGCGCCUGUGGUACACCUAAGCCCUGUGGUCGGUGGCUUGGGUUUCUGUAGCGCAGGAGGCCCUGAAGCCUGGGCAGAGAGCGGCGGCAGUGCAGCCCGGCCCGUGCCCAUCUACACUGACCACGGGAGACUCCUUCUUCCUGGCAGGAGCCCGCAGGCUGGUAAUAGGCUUAGAAAUGCACAGAACUUUGUGUCUGGAUGGGACAGGCUGAGAACAGGGAAGACUAAGCUCCGUAGGCAGUGCGUGUCCUCUCGGGGACAAGACGUGCUGUGUGAGACGAGAAGUCCUCCCACGGCGUCGUCAUCCACAGGCGAUGCUCAGGUCCGUGUGGCCAAUAAGGUAGUGUCACUGCACAUAGACAGUGCGGAGAACCCUGUACACCACAGACAAACUUUCCCUGAUAACCACGGGGCUGGCUGGACUCAAGUCCUCGCGGGGCCCCUUUAGACCAAAUGGAGGCCGGAGUCCGGGCAAAGCUCUCCGGCCCUCGUUGUGCAGCUGCUGAGCUUGAUCGCAAGUACCUGCAGGUGUUGCGUUCAUGGGGGGUGCGGGGAAGCGCAGUCUGCGUCCAGCUUUGCGGCCUUCCUGCUCUGAAGUGUAUGUCUUGCCUUUUUCAGUACUUUCGCUUGACGUAGCCGCAGUGAACAAGGAAGGAAAGAUUUCACAUCCUCUCAGCUCUGUUCCUUUGCCACUUUUGUAAAUUCUCGUUGGGGGUAAAGAUGUUCAAAAUCCUGUGGGGAAUGUACAUGCCUUCAGAACAUUGUGCUUGUUCUAAUAUGAGGAGCUUUUAAGACGCUUUGUUAAAACAUGAAUCCAUUUUUGUAAUCGUAUAGUAAUACUUAACUAAUUUUGAAUUCUGGUUAUUGCAUAACUGAAUCUUUUAUAUACAAAAACAUAUUCUUAUGUCCUACUUUUCCUACCUUGAGAUUGUUUUGUACAACAAAUGUUUUCUUUUCACUGAUGUAUUUCAAAGAAAAGGAACUUUGCUCAUAUUAGAGCUGAUUUUUUUCCCCACCAGGACAUCAUAAAACUUAAUUUUUCUUGUUUUGCUUUUUGUUUCCUUUUCUAAUAAAUGAUAGGAUUAUGAUCUUUAAUAAA